GCGCUCGAUGGCGGCCGCUGCGGCGGGGCGGAGGCCGUGGCCGCUGGCCGCGCUGGCCCUGGCCCUGGUCCUGGUGUCGCCCGCCGCCCGCGGCCAGGUUCCGAGCACGAGAGAGCCGGCGAGCCCGGUGCGGCUCUUCACGGAGGAGGAGCUGGCGCGCUACAACGGCGUCGAGGUGAACAAGCCCAUCCUCAUGGCUGUGAAGGGCGUGGUGUUCGACGUCUCUUCCGAGAAGCAGUUUUAUGGCCGUGGUGCCCCCUACAACGCUCUGACCGGGAAAGACUCCACGAGGGGGGUGGCCAAGAUGUCCCUGGACCCUGCAGACCUCACCCAUGAUACUACAGGACUGACGGAGGAGGAGCUGCAGUCGCUGGAGACCGUCUUCACCGAAGUGUACAAGGCCAAGUACCCCAUCGUGGGCUACACAGCCCGGCGCAUCCUCAAUCCUGAUGGGAGCCCGAACGCCAACUUCAUCCCCGAGGACCGGCCGCAUUUUGACCUGCGUGAGGACCUCUGAGCCGCCGGCCGUGCAAUAAAGCCACUAUCAGACCGUG